AAAACAAUAGGUUAUCAGCUGUGCGGCAUGCACACGGAAGUUGCAACAAUUAUUAUCACUGAAAAUGUUGCGCUAUGUUUAUUUUAAUGGAUUCGGAAUGCGCCAAGGGUUGCUUAAGCGAUGCUCCUCCCACAUCCUUAGACGUAGCUAUAGCAGCGACAUUAGAAACAUUGGAAUUUUGGCCCACAUCGAUGCGGGGAAAACCACAACCACAGAGCGAAUGCUUUUUUAUGCUGGCAAAACGCGGUCCCUGGGUGAAGUCCAUCGCGGCAACACAGUGACUGAUUAUCUAACCCAGGAGCGGGAACGAGGAAUUACCAUUUGCAGUUCUGCUGUAACAUUUCCCUGGAAUGGUAAACGCAUCAAUUUGUUGGACACACCGGGUCAUAUAGAUUUCACCAUGGAGGUCGAGCAAUCUCUGCAUGCCGUGGACGGGGUAAUUGUGGUAUUGGACGCCACUGCUGGUGUUGAAGCUCAAACAAUGACUGUGUGGUCCCAGGCUGACAAACAUCGAUUGCCUCGUCUUGUAUUUGUUAAUAAGAUGGAUCGACCAGAUGCCGACUUCAACAAGUGUGUGGAGGAUUUGAAGUCAAAGCUAGAAACGUUUCCGGUGUGCAUACAGUAUCCGGCCAAAUCAAAUGAGGGGCAAUUAGGUAUAUACGAUGUCAUCACACUGGAGCAAUUGAAUUGGCAGCAGAAGGAUCUGGGUCGUAGCUAUAGUAAACUCAAACUGGAGCCUUCUGAUGGUUUAAGGCAGCUGCAGGAUAAACGCAAUGAACUGAUUGAUCAGCUGUCUGGCUUGGAUGAUGAGUUAGCCGAUGUGGUAAUCAGCACGGAGAGUUUUGACAAAGUUAGCAACGAGCUUGUAAAUAAGGCAUUGCGCCGGGUCAUUUGCCAGCAAAAGGCUGUCCCUGUUCUGCUGGGAUCGGCAUAUAAAAACAUCGGGAUUCAAUGCCUGAUGGAUGCAGUAAAUCACUAUUUACCGGCUCCUGAAGAACGCAACGAAAUUUACAAUUGCUUUGGAAACGAACUAGCUGGAAAGGUUUUUAAGAUUGUCCACGACAAACAGCGUGGACCCUUGACCUUGGUGCGGGUUAUGCGUGGAGAAUUGAAGCGAGGAAUGCGUCUUACAUGUUCUAGUGGCCAAGCCGAGGUCAUAUCCAAAUUGUAUGAGCCCUUGGCUGAUGAGUAUCGUGAGGUCAGCGUAGUUUCGUCCGGCGAUGUAGCCCUAUGUGCUGGGUUGAAGUCUACAGUGACUGGUGACUUAUUAACAAGUAGCCAAUCGUCGUUAAAAAAUGCCGAAAAGCGUUUUAAACAGCAGAGACAUUCAGAUGGCAUGUCAGAGGAAGAGGACGAUGACGAGGACCACCACUUGGAUGGGCUAUUCGAUCUUGCUCCUCAAAUACCCGAUGCCGUGUACUUUUGUUCUAUUGAACCACCAAGUAUUUCAUCACAAACAGCGAUGGAGCAGGCACUAAGGCAGCUACAGCGCGAGGAUCCCAGCCUGCGUGUCAGCUAUGAUUCGAUCACUGGUCAGACUGUGCUUGGCGGCAUGGGUGAGCUGCAUAUGGAUAUCAUUAAAUCACGUAUCUUGAGCGAGUAUAAAAUUGACGUUGAUCUCGGACCUUUACAAAUUGCCUACAAAGAGACCAUCGAAGCGCCAUCGUUAACCACAUUGAGUGUGGAGAAGGAAAUUGCUGGAACCAAGCAGAAUGUUAGCAUAACUUUGGAGUUGGUUAAAAAUCAAAGUGAGAUUUUUAGUUUAGAUAAAUCGCCGGAGAAUCUACAGAAUCUGAAUAAGCUGCGUCCUCGUAUUGUGCAGGUAUUGCGAAAAGGAUCCAUUAGUGCCUUGGAGCGUGGCCCCCGUGUGGGUGGCCAAGUGGUAGAUACACAAAUACGCUUACAUAAUGCAAUCAUAGGACGGGGAACAGCGGAUGCCUUCAUUAUGGCCACCGCAGCGCAAUGUGUACAAAAGUUACUAAGCGAGAAUGGAACCCGGCUAUUAGAGCCAAUAAUGGCAUUGCAAAUUGUCGCUCCCAGUGAACGCGUCUCCAGCAUAAUGGCGGAUCUAUCAAGGCGUCGAGCUAUUAUCAAUGACGUUCUUCCCAAAGGUGACAGAAACAAGUUGAUUUUAAUAAAUGCUCCGCUGGCUGAACUUCCUGGUUACGCCAGCACUCUACGUACAAUUAGUUCAGGAACGGCAAGCAUGACUAUGCAACCAUGCGGAUUUUCCAACAUGAAUUCCUCUGACGAGUCACUGGCGAUAAGACGUGCCCAGGGCUUAGAAUAGUUUUCCUAGCUGUUAGUUAUUUGUUAACUAGUUUUAGGUUACGAUAAUUCUUUUUGAAAAUAACAUCCAAUUCAGGAUAUUAUCGAUACCACUAAAAAUAUCGAUAUUGAAA